UGCUUUUUGUCCAUGUGGAGUAUUAAGCUCUAAUUUUGUAGAUUUAUACGUAUAUUGUUGGCUAUGCCGAUAGGCCAUCUUCCUUAAGUAAGGUUGAUUCAAUGUUUGAGUUAGAUCAGUUAAAAUGCUGAGAAAGUUCUAAAUUCAUGGUUUGUUUAGUUAGGUCCAAAUGUUAGUCUCUUUAGUCUUUUAGACCAUCACUUUGGGCACUUUUGAAAGGUAUUGGAGGGUUGCUGAACAAUCUUUAGUUCUUUACAUAUUCAUUUGCUAAUACUUGAAAAGUUCAAAGGGUCAUGAAGGUUAUGUUUAACAACUGCUCUACUAGCACACCGAAUGUAUUUUUGUCCGGUUUCCGUUUACAGAUCAGAUAUGAAGCAGAGAUGGGAAUAAUGGCAUCAUAGGUGUGACCUCUGGGUAGGAUGGAAGUGCGUGGUGCAUGGACCUCAUCGAUCAUCUCCUAUAUAUUCGAUUUCAGAUCCCCAUUCUCUAACAUUUCAGCAUAAUUAGUCAGUCGCAGUUCAAAUCGAAGAUGAGGCACACUAGAAGCUCUAAGGUUCUUGCAACUUUUGUGCUUAUGUUAGUGAUGACAGGUUUGGUGGUGCAUGGUCAAAGCACUACUUGUACUGUUACAUUCUUUUCAUCACUAAUUCAGCUAAUACCUUGUAGACCAGCAGUGGUUCCUUUUAGCCCCAUCCCACCAAGUGAGGCUUGCUGCACUGCACUUAGAACUUUAGGCCAGUCUUGCCUUUGUGUGCUCGUCAAUGGCCCUCCAAUCUCUGGCGUUGAUCGCAACUUGGCAAUUCAGCUCCCGGAGAAGUGCAAUGCCAACUUUGAACCAUGUAACUGAUCUCUUCUAGCUCCUAUCUCCCACUUUUGUCUCCGGUUCAAUUAUGAAAUAGAAGUUGAGGCAUAGAGCUGGGGAGUAUUAGUUCUGGAAUAAGUCUGUCUUUUAGAGUUAUAGGAAUCCAUCCUUUUGAUUUUGUAACAUCUAGUUGAUAAGAGACUGUCUAUUGAGACUUUGCUUUGAUUAGAGAUCUGUACGCUGUUUUAGUUUGAUUUGUGUUGUAAUAGAUUGCUAGUGUAAUAAUGGAGUAUUUGCAAUGACAUUGAUUUCUCUGUCAUUACUA